AUGGGUAUGAAUAUGAUAAAACAUCUUGUGAAUAUCGUUUUGCUUGGUUUUCUUGUCCAUGAGGGUUUUGCAACUAUUCCGAGGUUCUUUCGAGGUCGACCAAGGGGGCGGGAAGGAAUGCUUGGAUCACCAAAUGUCAAGCACAUGGUCAAACUUCCAGGAGAACAGUGGUUUACCCAACGUUUGACACAUUUUAAUGAUGCGAAUAAAGCAACAUGGCAGCAGCGGUAUUGGUAUAACUCGACAUAUUGGAAACUGGGUGGGCCAGUGUUUAUUAUGAUUGGUGGGGAAGGCGAGGCUAACCCAACAUGGAUGGUUGAAGGAACUUGGAUCAAAUAUGCUCAGGAGUUUGGAGCAUUUACGUUUAUGCUAGAACAUAGGUUUUAUGGACACAGUCAUCCAACA